AUAUCUUUUUAGAUCUGUUUAGAUUAACUAAUGAACUGUCAUGAACAUUAUAAGGAAAAAAUGAGUGUACAUAUGCUCUUUUGUGAUAUUAAUAAAGAUGCUUCAAACAAUCAUUUAAAAGAAGAAAAAAUAAAUAUCCAUUCUUAUUUAGAGUGUCCAGUAAAUCAACAUCCAGAAAUUGUUGUUUCAAACACAUCUCCUCAAAAUUCACCAUCAUUUCAACAUAUAGAUACAAAUGAUAAUAAAUCUUGUAGCGGAUUUCAUCAAUCUCUUGUUAAUGGAACACAUAAAGGUCGCACAGAGCGUUUAUAUUCUAUAGAUAACCAAUCUAGACCAAUACUGGGUAAACGAAAUGCCUCACUCAUUAGUCUAUCAAGUGUUUGUAGUAUUGAUGACAUGUCCGAUAUUACUGAUAUUGAUGACUUGACAACUAUUGAAGAAACUAAGGAAAGCUUGUGGUUAAAACUUAAAAAAGUUGUCAGAUGGACCCCAUUUAUACAGAACUAUACGAAGCCUUACCCUUGGAUACAGCUUGCUGGUCAUUCAGGAGGUUUUAUAGCAGGAAAAGAGGGCACCGUUAUUAAAAAAUCUUCAGAGAAAGAAGCAUUAUGUUUACAGAGCUUAAUGUCUGAUGUGUUGCGACCAUAUGUUCCUGCUUUGAAAGGUUCGUUUGUUGAAAAUGAGGUAACACAUAUCGAAAUGCAAGAUUUGUUGCAUGGUUUUAGUUCUUCAUGCUUUGUUAUGGAUUGCAAAAUGGGAAUAAGAACAUAUUUAGAAGAAGAAGUUUGUAAACAGGGAAAGGCAAGAAAGGAUCUAUAUCUCAAAAUGAUAUCAGUUGAUCCCUCAGAACCUACUGAUGAAGAAAAUAACACUAAAUCUUGCACAAAGUCACGUUACAUGAUAUGGAGGGAGCAGCUGAGCUCUACCUCAUCAUUAGGAUUUCGAAUUGAAGGUGUCAAGAGGGGCAUGAAUCCCCCAGAUACAGAUUUUAAGAAAGUAAGUUCUGCUGAAGACAUUGGAAGUUUGUUUGCAAAGUUCAUUAAUUACAAACGCACUUUACAAGAAAAGUACUUGCAACGUCUGAAAGCAAUUCGAACAACAUUAGAAUGCUCUGAAUUUUUCAAGAGACAUGAGAUGAUAGGAAGUUCUUUACUAUUUGUUCAUGAUGAAACUGAUACAGCUAGUAUAUGGAUGAUAGACUUUGGAAAAACUAAUUUACUUGAUGUUGGUGUUUCAAUAAACCAUAACUCUGAAUGGGUUUUGGGUAAUCGAGAAGACGGUUAUCUAAUAGGUCUCGACAACAUUAUUAAUAUCUGGUCAAAUAUGCUUUUAUAAUACUGUAUAAAAAGCGCUGGGUUUUAGCUGGCAUAUUAUUCAGUCGCACUAAUGCACUUUUUAAAUUUUAAAUGUAAAUAAACAAGAUUCUUGCGUGUACAUACUCUCAACAUUGUGAUUCUUUCAAAUUUUUUAUUGUUUGUAUGUUCAAUACUAAUUUGUUAAAUAGUAUUUCUAUAUAUAUUCUUUAAUUAGGGAAUUUUAUAAUAAAAUUCUGGGUUUUAUACAUUUUAAAGAAAUAGCUUUUGAGUUUUAUAAGUCUGGGUUUUAUAUCUUCUGGGUUUUAUAUGUCUAAGAUUUUAUAAACCUGGGUUUUAUGAGUAGCAAAAUUGAGAUGUUUUUUUUAUUUUGUUUGUAUAUUUAUAUUGUCUUAACGUGUACAUUGGAUAAUUACCGGGUAGUUAUUCUUUGAAGGAUUAAAAAAUUUGUAUUUAUAUUUUUAAAACAUGAAACUAAAUUAACUUUA